AGUGAGAGAGAGAGAGAGAGAGGGAGAGGGAGCGUGGGCUGUUUUGUUGGGAGGACACAUCCUAAUGCGACAGGGCUGCAGUUAAGCCGAAUCGCCUCACGAAGGGAGGGAGAGAGGGAGCGGACGAGGGACGCCUCAAGAGGACAGCCUCACUACCACCACCACCAGCGCUCCUGCACGCGUCUGCACACCCCCCCGCCCCACGCUCCACACAGCCGGCAGCCCGGAGGAGACCUCCGUCCCGCUGACGCUCCUACUCCGCAUCUCUAAUUAAGGUUUCUGGAGGAGCUGGUGGGCUGAUGCCAGGACCGAGGCGUGGUGCGGUGUGGAGGAUGGGCCGUCUGCCUUGCCUGCUGGGCCUCUGCUCCCUGGCUCUGUGCUACACUGUCGCCGGGGAGGUGUGUGUGGCCGGCCAUGACAGUGGGCCUGUGUUUGAGGAGCAGCCCUCCAGCCUGGUGUUCCCAGAAGGCCUCAGUGAGGAGAAGGUCACCUUAACCUGCCAGGCCCGAGCCAGCCCUGCUGCCACAUACAGGUGGAGGGUGAACGGCACAGACGUGCUGGUGGAGGGGGAACCUCGGUACACCCUGGUGGCAGGGAACUUGGUGAUCAGCAGCCCCCAAAGCGGCCGGGAUGGGGGCUCCUACCAGUGCCUCGCCACCAACCGCUGUGGCACCAUCAUUAGCCGAGCCGCCAACCUCAAGUUCGGCUACCUCCAGGAAUUCUCCCCAGAAGAGAGGAGCCCACACACGGUGUAUGAAGGAGCAGGAGUUACUCUUAUCUGCCAGCCCCCUCCACACUACCCAGCUCUGUCCUACCACUGGUUCCUCAAUGACUUCCCGUUCUUUGUGAAGUCGGAGAAGGGCCGUAAGUUUGUCUCCCAGGUGACAGGGAACCUGUACAUGGCCAGGGCAGAGGCCAACGACUCGGGAAACUACUUCUGCUUUACCAAAAGCCACAUGGCGUCCACCACCAAGAGCGUCUUCAGCACUGCCAACCAGCUCAUAGUGCAGCCUGACGCCAAUCCACGGAAGUCUGCUCCCAACAUCAAAGUGAGGUUCCCCUCUGACACCUACGCUCUGGCUGGGCACAACACACAGCUGGAGUGCUUCGCUUACGGAAAUCCCGUGCCAGAUAUCCGCUGGAGAAAAGUAGAUGGCGUGCUACCCUCCAAGGCAAACACCAGCAGCGACGGGCUGAUCCUCAACCUGCCCGACCUGGGGUUCGAGGACGAGGGCACGUACGAGUGUGAGGCCCGAAACUCUGAAGGUCGCGACACCCACCAGGGCCGGAUCAAUGUGCAAGCCCAGCCGGAGUGGCUGCAGGUGAUGAGCGACUCGGAGGUGGAGAUCAGCUCUCAGCUGCGCUGGAGCUGCAUGGCUGCAGGGAAGCCCCGGCCCUCCAUCCGCUGGCUGCGCAACGGCCAGCCCCUCGCUUCCCAGGAUCGAGUGGAUAUUGACAGCGGCCUGCUGAAGAUCAGCAACCUGGCCCUGGAGGAUUCUGGGAUGUACCAGUGUGUGGCCGAGAACAAGCACGGCACCAUCUACUCCAACGCAGAGCUGAGGGUGCAAGUCCAGGCUCCAGAUUUCCGGCUGAACCCGGUGCGCAGGCUGGUCCCGGCAGCACGGGGGGGCCAGGUAAUGAUGGAGUGCCGCCCCAGAGCUGCCCCAAAACCAACCCUCUUCUGGAGCCGCGGGACAGAGCUGCUCACCAACAACAGCAGGGUGACGGUCACGUCAGAUGGGAACCUCCUGAUUACCAACAUCAGCAGGGCAGACGAGGGGAAGUACACCUGCUUCGCCGAGAACUACCUGGGCAAGGCCAACAGCACCGGUCACCUGUCUGUGAGAGAUGCCACCAAGAUCACGCUGGCACCCUCUAAUGCUGACAUCAACCAGGGUGAGUCUGUUACCCUGCAGUGCCAUGCGUCCCAUGACCCAACAAUGGACCUGACCUUCACAUGGUCUUUGAACGGAGUUCUCCUGGACCUUGAAGACACCAACGAACACUACCAUCGCGCAGAGACCAAGGAGACCAUUGGGGACCUGCUGAUCGUGACUGCGCAGCUGACGCAUGCAGGGACGUACGUCUGCACUGCGCAGACAGUGGUGGACAGCGCCUCCGCUUCUGCAAAACUCGUAGUCAGAGGUCCUCCGGGGCCACCAGGGGGCGUAGUUGUAAAGGAUGUGAAUGAGACGGCCGUGGAGCUGAGAUGGAGUCGGGGCUAUGACAAUCACAGUCCCAUCGGGAAGUACAUCAUUAUGGGCCGCUCGCCCCUGGCAGGUCCCUGGAAAGAGAUGAGAACAGAUCCUUCAAACAUCGAGGGGAAUGCAGAGUCGGCCCGUGUGAUUGGUCUCUCGCCCUGGAUGGACUACGAGUUCCAGGUCAUUGCUAGCAACAUCCUGGGCAGUGGAGAGCCGAGCAUGGCCUCUCAGACCAUCCGUACCGGCCAAGCAGCCCCCUCUGUGGCCCCCAACGGACUCGGAGGAGGAGGAGGAGAUCGAAAUGAGCUCAUCAUCACCUGGACUCCAAUGGUGCGUGAGUACCAGAACGGAGAUGGCUUUGGCUAUAUCCUGGCCUUCCGCAAGCAGAACUCGCCCACCUGGAUGGUGGAGAAGGUGCCGAACGUUGAGUCCACGCGCUUUGUUUACCGAAACGAGAGCCUGUCCCCAUACUGCCCCUUCGAGGUCAGGAUCAAGGCCUACAACAGGAAGGGGGAGGGGCCUUUCAGCCAGGUGGCCUUGAUCCACUCUGCUGAGGAAGAGCCGACCGUCGCCCCUCGAAAGGUCAACGCCACCGCCCUGACGGCCUUUGAAAUCCAGGUGUCGUGGGACGCUGUGCCUCACCAGACCAUCAGUGGCAUCCUGCUUGGCUAUGAGAUCCGCUACUGGCGGCAGCCCUACAAGCAGGCGGCGGCGGACCGCGUACGCACGGCGGGACUGGAGCCGACCGCACGGGUCAGCGGCCUCCGGCCCAGCACGCUGUACCAUGUGACCGUCCUGGCGUACAACAGCGCCGGCACCGGCCCGGCCUCCCCCCACACCUCCGUCACCACCAAGAAACCGCCCCCAACCCGCCCCCCAGGGAAUGUGUCAUGGAAGACUGAUGGAUCAAGGGUAACAGUGAGGUGGGAUCGCGUGAAAGCUCUGAAGAAUGAGUCUGCUGUUUUAGGCUACAAGGUGUUGUACAAACAUGAGGGCCAGUCUGCUCUGAAGCUUCUGCCGAAGGACCAGACCUCCAUCAGCCUGCCUUUGCCCAAGGACAACGGCUAUGUCGUGCUGGAGAUCCGCUCCUGGGGGGAAGGGGGAGACGGGGCGGCUCACGAGACUAUCGUUUCCCGGGAUUCAGGAACUGGAAUGAUGGUUCAGAAUUCAGCCAAGAUUCUCUUCUCCCAUAAGUCUGUUCUCCUUAACGCUGCAGUGUUGCUCACUCUCAUUGGUUUACUGGAACUCUAAUUUCCACCAACGCAAAGGUGACUCUGCCUCAAGCUGUACGCCUAUUGAUUGGAUUCGAUUCACUUAUUUCAC